AGGAAGGUGAGAUGUUCUUCUGAAUAGCUGCCUCCCUGACCCUUUGCAAGAGUUUCAUACAACAGAACUUCUCUCCAGACUUCAUCCUUUGAGCUGUGUGGAUUCCAACCAUGACUGGAGAGGUCUCCUGCUGAGCAAAGUCCAUUGUGAAGAUUCCAGAGCACUCCUGGAGCCAGGUGAUUCCAAGCCUUCCUGUUGCCCCUUAGUCCUGUGAUAAACAUGAACAUCCUGGCAGCUGUUCUGCUUCUGAUCUCUGCAGUGGCCACCCAGGUUGGGUCGACAAUGCUCAGGGGCUUCCAGUGUGCGAAGCACUCCCAGCCCUGGACAGCAGCCCUCUUUGAUGGUCUAAAGUUCCACUGUACGGGGACACUGAUAAAUGAGCAGUGGUUGGUCACGGCAGCCCAGUGCUACACUGGUCGACCCCUUUUAGUGAGCCUUGGAGAGCACAGUCUGUGGCACUUUGACUUCACAGAGCAACUGAAAAUUGCUGUGAAGACCAUCCGCCACCCCUUCUUUGACAGCUACAGCAAGGCUAAUGACAUCAUGUUGGUCAAACUUCUAACCCCGGUCUUCAUCAACAAGAACGUCCGGCCGCUAGCCUUGCCAAGAAGAUGCCCUCUUCCUGAGAGCUACUGUGUGCUCCCCGGCUGGGGCACGACUAUUUUGAAGAAAGUGUGGUUGCCAGAUGUCUUGCAUUGUGGAAAUAUCACUACCCUGAGUGACUCAGAAUGCUUGGAUGUCUAUCCCAGAUCCAUAACGAAAAACAUGCUCUGUGCUACUGUGAGACGGGGUGGUACGGAUUCCUGCCAGGGCGAUCCUGGCUCCCCGCUUAUUUGCAACAAUGAGCUACAGGGAGUCACUUCCUGGGGCUUUGAAGAAUGCUCCCAGUUGGACAGGCCCAGCGUCUUCACCAAAGUUUGCAACUACAUGAACUGGCUGGAACAAACAAUGUCCUAUGCUUAGGAUCUCUGCGGAACACCGUUUUGGCAUUCCUACUAGCCCUAUCCUUGCAAAAUAAAGACUUGUUGACAUAUCCUGCAUGUGCUUCUUUCAUCUUUGCUGACCACACUGUACCUAGAGGGGACAUGACUUCUCCUCUGGACCCU